AUGGAUUUCAUUGAAAAACGUACCAUUCACUGGUUUGGAAUUCCAGAAACCAUCACCAUUGAUAGAAGUCUUUCUUUGCUAGGAAGUAUGGUGCAAAAUCUCUUCGAUGUAUAUAAUAUCCAGUUCAUAAGCUCUACUCCAUACUUUGAUCAGGCAAAUGUACAAGCAGAGGUGUCUAACAAAGUCAUCAUUGGCAUAAUUGGGAAGAUGAUUGAGAAGUAUCCAUGGCAGUGGCAUAACCUCUUGUCAGAAGCAUUGCGGGCAUAUAGAAAUUCAAAAAGAUUAAGUAUUGGAGUUACUCCUUAUAUGUUAACAUAUGGACAAGACGUAGUACUUCGAAUGGAGAUAAUAGUGAAGUCAGCAAAAGUAGCUUUUCAAAAUGAGCUAACUCUAGCUGAAUAUACUCAAGCCAUGCUAGCAGAGUCAGAAGACCUUGAUGAAGGUUGGUUAAGUGUUUUAGACCAUGUCAUUGCACAAAAGAAGAAUGUGAUAUGA